AAACACUAGACAGGAACAGGAACACAACAAAAACAAAAACAAACAAACAAACUGCUCACGAUGGACGGGUGUCAAGUUGCCAUGUCGAGACUGGUCGUCCAAAUGCUCGAGCGAUUCCCCCUGAUGGUUCCGAACCGCGAGCUGGACCAGUACCGCGGUUUCUUCUCGGCAGGAGAGGUGGACUUGUUCCUGCACGUCUAUGUACCUCACCUGCCGACCGUGAAGGACAUGGUCAUCAAGGAGAUGUCCGACGAGUUGGCACAGAUCACCAAAGACUGUCAAAUUGAAAUGCAGCAGUGGCUCUCUUCAAAUUCACGGGCGUUCUUCGACUUUCUUGUAUGGCUGCAGAAUUUGGCAAUGUCAAGAAAGGUCGACGAGCUAUUGGCAGGUGUGAAACCAAUCGAGGUGCCGCUGGACUUCUGGAGGAGCGUUGUCAGCGUGCUCUCGUCGAUUGGGGACGCGAACAUCGUCAGCGUGGAUCAGGCGGACCUGGGCAGCUUCGUGCUCAGUGUCGAGAGCGAUGCAGGCACGCAUUUAUUGCGCGUGCAGGCACACCCUGAUGGCUCCUUCAACUGCCAGUGCCCCAAUUUACCUGACAAAAGCGCUCAGCUUGUCUUGCAGUCACGGUCGAUAGGUGCCGCGUUUAAAUCGCUGCAGCAGCAGGUGCAAGAUCUGCAGCCUUUCUGGAAACAACUCGCAGAGAUUGAUGCCAAAACUUGGGUCCUGGACCCUGCUGAACCCAACCUAGGACACACCAGGAGGCAAAUUUCCAUUGAAUCAGGAUUUUCUGUGACAGUGGCGGUCGACCCGAGCGAUCCGCUGGCGCUGCCCGAACUCUCCUUUCUCGGUCCAGACAGCAAAGUUGACCCUUUGGAGAGUAGAGUGCGCAACAAGCAGUGGCGAGUGUGCGACGAGUCUUUGCUGGCGUCGUUGCAGGAAUUCCUGGGCGUCGAGUUUGCAGAGGCGGCAGGCGCAGCUGCGUCUCAGGCAGAGUCGCAGGAGCCAAUGUGCAGCGUGUGCUUCGCGCCCGACGCGCUGGACCGAACGUGCGAAAUGUGCCAAGGACUCUUCCACGAGCAGUGCCUGCUGCAGUGGCUGCAGUCCGUCCCCUCCAACCGCACCGCCUUCAACAGAAUCGUUGGACAAUGUCCCCUAUGCAAACAGGAAAUUUCUUGCGUAAUAUAGAGAAAACGCGAGUCAUCUCUCAGUUUGAGUAUCUCUCCACGGCUCCAGACUGAUAAAAAACGACCAGAUAAGAUAUAAACAUCAUCCGAAUUUGCGCUCUCCAGGCAGUCAUAUA